AUGCAUGUCAACUAUUUGUAGGACAAGGCAAUAUUUCCUUCUUUGGCCUAAGAAAAUUCAGAAUAAGUAAGAAGAGUAGUAUAUAAAUGGAAGGAUAAUCAAUAAGAUUUAACUGCCAGAAACUUUAGAAUUUAAGUAUUACAUCACUAAUAGCUAAUGGAAUCUUGA